UUUAUACGUAAACUCUACCCAGGAGUAACUUGAAAAAGUUUUUAAAAUGUUACGAGGUUCUCAAAUGGCCGAAACAAAAAGAUCUCUUCCAAAUCCGGGCAUACAAUUUAGUUCGGCUGUUGGCUCUCCAGAGGCUAGGCGCAAAAUGUUGCUCUACAAGCAGUUGCUAAAAAAGGAGCUAAGCAGGGAUAAGAUGAGGCCUCGGAAAAUUGUUACAGUCGGAAAACGGAAGCAACAACAACAAUUGCCCAAACUAUACCCAUCAUAUUGAUUUCACUUCUGUCUCUGAUUUUCGGACACACAUUCGGACUUUUGGGGAGUUUUUACGCAUAUUCAUUCUGUUUUUCAAUGAUAUUAAAUUUUCGAUCCUUAUUUAUUUUUAAUAAAUGUGUCUAUUAACAUUCAAA